AUGGGUCUGGACCCGGACACAGAACAUGGGUCUGGACCCGGACACAGAACAUGGGUCUGGACCCGGACACAGAACAUGGAGUCUCCUCUCCUCACUCCCACAGACCUCAUCACUCUCUCAGACCUCCUCACUCCCUCAGACCUCCUCACUCUCUCAGACCUCCUCACUCCCUCAGACCUCCUCACUCUCUCAGACCUCCUCACUCCCUCAGACCUCCUCACUCUCUCAGACCUCCUCACUCCCUCAGACCUCCUCACUCUCUCAGACCUCCUCACUCUCUCAGACCUCCUCACUCUCUCAGACCUCCUCACUCUCUCAGACCUCCUCACUCUCUCAGACCUCCUCACUCCCUCAGACCUCCUCACUCCCUCAGACCUCCUCACUCUCUCAGACCUCCUCACUCUCUCAGACCUCCUCACUCCCUCAGACCUCCUCACUCCCUCAGACCUCCUCACUCUCUCAGACCUCCUCACUCUCUCAGACCUCCUCACUCCCACAGACCUCCUCACUCCCUCAGACCUCCUCACUCUCUCAGACCUCCUCACUCUCUCAGACCUCCUCACUCCCUCAGACCUCCUCACUCUCUCAGACCUCCUCACUCUCUCAGACCUCCUCACUCCCUCAGACCUCCUCACUCUCUCAGACCUCCUCACUCCUCAGACCUCCUCACUCCCUCAGACCUCCUCACUCUCUCAGACCUCCUCACUCUCUCAGACCUCCUCACUCUCUCAGACCUCCUCACUCUCUCAGACCUCCUCACUCCCUCAGACCUCCUCACUCUCUCAGACCUCCUCACUCUCUCAGACCUCCUCACUCUCUCAGACCUCCUCACUCCCUCAGACCUCCUCACUCUCUCAGACCUCCUCACUCUCUCAGACCUCCUCACUCUCUCAGACCUCCUCACUCCCUCAGACCUCCUCACUCUCUCAGACCUCCUCACUCCCUCAGACCUCCUCACUCUCUCAGACCUCCUCACUCUCUCAGACCUCCUCGCUCCCUCAGACCUCCUCACUCCCUCAGACCUCCUCACUCUCUCAGACCUCCUCGCUCCCUCAGACCUCCUCACUCCCUCAGACCUCCUCACUCUCUCAGACCUCCUCACUCUCUCAGACCUCCUCACUCCCACAGACCUCCUCACUCCCUCAGACCUCCUCACUCCCUCAGACCUCCUCACUCCCUCAGACCUCCUCACUCUCUCAGACCUCCUCACUCCCUCAGACCUCCUCACUCUCUCAGACCUCCUCACUCUCUCAGACCUCCUCACUCCCUCAGACCUCCUCACUCCCUCAGACCUCCUCACUCUCUCAGACCUCCUCACUCUCUCAGACCUCCUCACUCCCACAGACCUCCUCACUCUCUCAGACCUCCUCACUCCCUCAGACCUCCUCACUCCCUCAGACCUCCUCACUCUCUCAGACCUCCUCACUCUCUCAGACCUCCUCACUCCCUCAGACCUCCUCACUCUCUCAGACCUCCUCACUCCCUCAGACCUCCUCACUCUCUCAGACCUCCUCACUCUCUCAGACCUCCUCACUCUCUCAGACCUCCUCACUCUCUCAGACCUCCUCACUCUCUCAGACCUCCUCACUCUCUCAGACCUCCUCACUCCCUCAGACCUCCUCACUCUCUCAGACCUCCUCACUCUCUCAGACCUCCUCACUCUCUCAGACCUCCUCACUCCCUCAGACCUCCUCACUCUCUCAGACCUCCUCACUCUCUCAGACCUCCUCACUCCCUCAGACCUCCUCACUCUCUCAGACCUCCUCACUCCCUCAGACCUCCUCACUCUCUCAGACCUCCUCACUCUCUCAGACCUCCUCACUCUCUCAGACCUCCUCACUCUCUCAGACCUCCUCACUCUCUCAGACCUCCUCACUCUCUCAGACCUCCUCACUCCCUCAGACCUCCUCACUCUCUCAGACCUCCUCACUCUCUCAGACCUCCUCACUCUCUCAGACCUCCUCACUCCCUCAGACCUCCUCACUCUCUCAGACCUCCUCACUCCCUCAGACCUCCUCACUCUCUCAGACCUCCUCACUCUCUCAGACCUCCUCGCUCCCUCAGACCUCCUCACUCCCUCAGACCUCCUCACUCUCUCAGACCUCCUCACUCUCUCAGACCUCCUCACUCUCUCAGACCUCCUCACUCUCUCAGACCUCCUCACUCCCACAGACCUCCUCACUCCCUCAGACCUCCUCACUCUCUCAGACCUCCUCACUCUCUCAGACCUCCUCACUCCCCCAGACCUCCUCACUCCCUCAGACCUCCUCACUCUCUCAGACCUCCUCACACCUUCAGACCUCCUCACUCUCUCAGACCUCCUCACUCCCUCAGACCUCCUCACUCCCACAGACCUCCUCACUCCCUCAGACCUCCUCACUCUCUCAGACCUCCUCACUAUCUCAGACCUCCUCACUCUCUCAGACCUCCUCACUCUCUCAGACCUCCUCACUCUCUCAGACCUCCUCACAGACUCAGACCUCCUCACUCCCUCAGACCUCCUCACUCCCUCAGACCUCCUCACUCUCUCAGACCUCCUCACUCCCACAGACCUCCUCACUCCCUCAGACCUCCUCACUCCUUCAGACCUCCUCACUCUCUCAGACCUCCUCACUCCCUCAGACCUCCUCACUCUCUCAGACCUCCUCACUCUCUCAGACCUCCUCACUCCCACAGACCUCCUCACUCUCUCAGACCUCCUCACUCCCCCAGACCUCCUCACUCUCUCAGACCUCCUCGCUCCCUCAGACCUCCUCUCUCUCUGACCUCCUCACUCCCUCAGACCUCCUCACUCCCCCAGACCUCCUCACUCCCUCAGACCUCCUCACUCUCUCAGACCUCCUCACUCUCUCAGACCUCCUCACUCCCACAGACCUCCUCACUCCCUCAGACCUCCUCACUCUCUCAGACCUCCUCACUCUCUCAGACCUCCUCACUCCCACAGACCUCCUCACUCCCUCAGACCUCCUCACUCCCUCAGACCUCCUCACUCUCUCAGACCUCCUCACUCCUUCAGACCUCCUCACUCUCUCAGACCUCCUCACUCUCUCAGACCUCCUCACUCCCUCAGACCUCCUCACUCUCUCAGACCUCCUCACUCUCUCAGACCUCCUCACUCUCUCAGACCUCCUCACUCCCUCAGACCUCCUCACUCUCUCAGACCUCCUCACUCUCUCAGACCUCCUCACUCCCACAGACCUCCUCACUCCUUCAGACCUCCUCACUCCCUCAGACCUCCUCACUCCCACAGACCUCCUCACUCCCUCAGACCUCCUCACUCCUUCAGACCUCCUCACUCUCUCAGACCUCCUCACUCCUUCAGACCUCCUCACUCUCUCAGACCUCCUCACUCUCUCAGACCUCCUCACACCUUCAGACCUCCUCACUCCCCCAGACCUCCUCACUCCCUCAGACCUCCUCACAGACUCAGACCUCCUCACUCCCUCAGACCUCCUCACUCCCUCAGACCUCCUCACUCCCACAGACCUCCUCACUCCCUCAGACCUCCUCACAGACUCAGACCUCCUCACUCCCUCAGACCUCCUCACUCUCUCAGACCUCCUCACUCCCUCAGACCUCCUCACAGACUCAGACCUCCUCACUCCCUCAGACCUCCUCACUCUCUCAGACCUCCUCACUCUCUCAGACCUCCUCACUCCCACAGACCUCCUCACUCCCUCAGACCUCCUCACUCCCUCAGACCUCCUCACUCUCUCAGACCUCCUCACUCCUUCAGACCUCCUCACACCUUCAGACCUCCUCACUCUCUCAGACCUCCUCACACCUUCAGACCUCCUCACUCUCUCAGACCUCCUCACUCCCACAGACCUCCUCACUCCCUCAGACCUCCUCACUCCCUCAGACCUCCUCACUCUCUCAGACCUCCUCACUCCUUCAGACCUCCUCACACCUUCAGACCUCCUCACUCUCUCAGACCUCCUCACUCCCUCAGACCUCCUCACUCCCUCAGACCUCCUCAGUGACUCGUGUUUCAUGUUUGAGGAAGUGUUGUAA